ACUAAUUAACGACUUGGCCUGUCAAAAGAACUAUCUCUUUUUUAACUUUCUUGUUGACACAUUCCAAUCAGAGGUUUUUGGCAUAUAUAUAUAUAUAUAUACAGAGUCCCAAUCUCUUAAGAGUUCUCUGCACUCUUACAUACAUCUCUUAAGCUGGCAAUAUGGAGUCCCAACAAGAAGAAUCAGCAGCAGCAGCAGCACUUGACAUGAUAAAAGUGCUUGAGAUAACAUCAGAAAGUCUUAAGGGGACGAAGGAAAGUUCUGAUGAUCGGUCAGAGGUUGCUUCUGGGAAACAGACGACGGAUUGGUUGACGGAUCUUGACGAGGUGGAGGAGAUUCUCCACCACAAGUUCAAGAACAAGAAGUUGUUAGAGGAGGCUCUUACACAUGCCUCAUUCUCUGAUCAGUGCUUUUCUUACGAGCGUUUAGAGUACGUUGGUGAUUCGGUGCUAAACCUGCUGUUCACAAAAGAACAGUACUUCUUGUACCCGGAUUUGCCACCGGGGCCUUUAACACGACUCAGAUCAGCCAACGUAGAUACAGAGAAGCUAGCUCGUGUUGCCAUCAAACACAAAUUGCAUCGGUAUUUACGGCACAAGAUGCCUCUCCUUGAGGAACAAAUUCGGGAAUUCUCGCUAGCAAUCUUGGACUAUCCCUUGCACUCUAACGGUCUUGUUGAUGCACCGAAAGCACUAGCUGACAUUGUUGAAGCAGCAAUAGGAGCCGUUUUCAUUGACAGCAAUUUCUCCAUUGAUGUUGUCUGGAAGAUUUUUAAGGAAUUGCUGGAGCCCAUAAUUAGUCAAGAAACACUGAAAGUACAUCCCGUGACAGAGUUGUAUGAAGUGUGCCAGAAGCGAAAUCUUAAAGUAAAAUUUGUAGAUUUGUGGAAAGAAAACAUGGCUUUUGAUGUUUUCAUUGAUGAUCAGUUUGUGGGCAGAGGCACCUAUGGUCUGAAGAAAGAAAUUGCGCAAAAUAGAGCAGCGGAGAAUGCAUUGAACAAUAUUAGAAAAAUAUUGAGCGAGAAAGAUUGCUCUGAUGUUGAUGAACAGAAUUAUCGUGUAGAAAAUUGAAUAAACAUCACGUAGAGUCAUUGCACUGUUGAAAAACAGUAGUAUCAACUUAGUUUUGUCAUGCAUGAGCAUGCCGAAAUCAUGCUAUGCUUUACUAGUAAAAAAAAAAAAUCCUUAUUUCUUCAAUGGAUAUGUUCUUCCUAGUUUAUUAGGAACUUUUGUGGAAAAAAAUUCUCUUUUGUA